CAGCAAGCAGCGAGGAAGCAGCAAAAGAAGAAAAAACUCGUCCUCGUGACCAAUGAGGAAGUAGCGUAAACGACACAGCUGCUGCUGCAGCGUCUGUCAUUCUGCAGAGAUGACUGCUUUGGCCCAGCGCUGUUUCUCUGCUCAGCUGCUGCUGCUGCUGUUGUGGACUCUGCCCAACAUCUCUGAGUCCAGAGUGUAUUUGUUUGCUCCUGAUGCCAUCACAUUGGAGCAACACUCUGAAGCCAACAUCUCCAUUACCUCCAGUUCCCCUCUCAACCUGUCAGCUGUGAUUGAGCUCAACAUCACGUCCACCUCCAAUUCCAAUUCCUCGUACGUGAUUACAGUGCCUGAGCAGGUGCUGUUGCCAGCCGAGACGACCUCGGUCAGUUUCAACGUGGCGGCUCAUAGCGUGGGUCAGGUGACCACGCACCUGCUCAGCAACAACACAGACUUCAACAGUCCGUCCGUCAGGAUCCGCUUCAUGGUCAUCCACAGCAAAAUCCUCUUUGUGGUCAGUGAGAUCAUCGGCUGGAUUUACUUCCUGGCCUGGUCGGUGUCAUUCUACCCACAAGCCUGGGAGAACUGGAGGAGGAAAAGUGUUGUAGGCCUGAACUUUGACUUCCUGGCCCUGAACCUGACUGGCUUCAUUGCGUACAGUGUCUUUAAUAUCGGGCUGUUCUGGGUUCCGUAUAUACAGGAGGAGUUUAUACAGCAGAAUCCAAAUGGAAUUAACCCUGUCGCUGCCAGUGACGUCUUCUUCAGUCUUCAUGCUGUGCUGCUGUGUGUGGUUUACGCCUGCCAGGCUGCUGUGUAUGAGAGAGGUGGUCAGAAGAUCUCGUGGACGGCUCGGUUCCUGCUGCUCGUUGCAUGGACGUUUGCUCUGGUCAGUUUGUUUGUGGCUGUGGCUAAAAAGAUCAGCUGGUUGGAUUAUCUCUACUAUUUCUCCUACAUUAAACUGGCCAUCACUCUGGUUAAAUAUGUGCCACAGGCGUAUAUGAACUACAGGAGACAGAGCACUGAGGGCUGGAGUAUUGGUAAUGUGAUGUUGGACUUCACAGGAGGAAUCCUUAGUAUCCUACAGAUGCUUUUACAGUCGUACAACAAUGACGAGUGGAGGCUGAUAUUUGGUGACCCUACCAAGUUCGGUCUGGGCCUUUUCUCCGUGGUGUUCGACAUCAUCUUCAUGACUCAGCACUAUUGCCUCUACAGACAUUCAUCCACCUACAACAGGCUCCCAGUCCUGGAAACGGAACACUGACUCAGCAGGAUACACAGGACCAGAGCAACUACACAGGUGAUGAACACAUGAAUGAUUCAUGUCUGUGGAGACGGACCAGGAGGAGCUACAGCAGCUCUCAUCACAAUCAUUAAUUUUUUUAAUGGAUUUAUUAAUAUUUUUUGAUUAUGGAAGGUGAAAAGGG